GGAAAAGUAUGUUUUAAAUGUCUCUGUCUUACACAUUUUAUUUUAGCUGUUAAACGUUUAAUGAAAGAAGCAGCAGAAUUGAAAGAUCCAACAGACCAUUACCAUGCACAGCCUUUAGAGGAUAACCUUUUUGAAUGGCACUUCACAGUUAGAGGGCCCCCAGAUUCUGAUUUUGAUGGAGGGGUUUAUCAUGGACGAAUAGUACUGCCACCAGAAUACCCCAUGAAACCACCAAGCAUUAUUCUCCUAACAGCUAAUGGACGAUUUGAAGUAGGCAAGAAAAUCUGCUUGAGCAUCUCAGGGCAUCAUCCUGAGACUUGGCAGCCUUCCUGGAGUAUAAGAACAGCGUUACUAGCCAUCAUUGGGUUUAUGCCAACAAAAGGAGAGGGAGCCAUAGGUUCUCUAGAUUACACACCCGAGGAAAGAAGAGCGCUCGCCAAAAAAUCACAAGAUUUCUGUUGUGAGGGAUGUGGCUCCACCAUGAAGGACAUCCUGUUGCCUUUAAAAUCUGGAAGCGACUCAAGCCAGGCUGACCAAGAAGCCAAGGAACUGGCUAGACAAAUCAGUUUUAAGGCAGAAGUCAAUUCAUCUGGAAAGACUAUUGCUGAGUCAGACUUCAACCACUCUUUUUCAAUAAAUGAUUUACAGGAUGAUAUACCUACAACAUUCCAGGGUGCUACAGCCAGUACAUCGUAUGGAGUCCAGAACCCCUCGGCAGCCUCCCUUCAACAACCUGCCCAACCUGCAGUUAAGAAUACCUCCAUGAGCCCUCGACAACGCCGGGCGCAGCAGCAGAGUCAAAGAAGGUCGUCUGCUUCACCAGAUGUAAGCCAGGGCCAGCAGCCAAGAGGCCACCACACUGAUCACGGUGGAUCUGCCGUACUGAUUGUCAUCUUGACUUUGGCAUUGGCAGCUCUUAUAUUCCGGCGAAUAUAUCUGGCCAAUGAGUACAUAUUUGACUUUGAAUUAUAAUAUUGUUUUGUGUCUUAAGAGCUGUGACUCAACUGCUUCAUUAAACAUUCUGCAUUGGGUAUAAUCUAA